UCAGUGGGACGGGAGGAUACAUUGCAGAGUUGUUCCUCGGGAACAGCCAUCCCCGAGGAGGGUUGCAAUACUUAACCGUGAAUAUGAUGGUCGGGAUCCCGUAUAGAGUUAAGGUGUGGCACGACAACACUGGGAAUGAGCCGGAGUGGCACUUAGAACGGGUAGUCCUAAUCAGCCACAGGACAUGGAAGCAGUUUAUGUUCGUGUGUAGAGGCUGGUUAUCCGAGUACAGGUCACUUUCACAGUCUUUAUCAGUAAAGGGUCACUUGUACAUUCCCGGACGUCGGGAGAAAUCAUUCCCAGUGAUUACAGAAAAUCACAAGUUAGACAUUACUGUCGACGAUAUAAUGGGUAGAGCAAAUGUAAACGUCAGUACUGAUAACACCACGGGAUUGGUGGGGAGUGUCCUCAUUACCAUAGAAACAGUUCACGUGUCCAACGGCAAAGACAAGUUCAUCAUUACAGUUAUACCACAAAAUCGUCUAUCUGAAAAGUGCGAACACACGCCAUCUUGCCCAUGCUACAAGAGAGAUUCAAAGAACAUAACAGGAGCGGACGAGCUAACGAAGCUCGUGGAUGAGCUGAGGAAGGAACUUACCGUUGAUAAAAAGAAAACGUCAGUGAACCUCCGUAGGUACAUCAGUGCAGUGGACGAUCGUCCAUCGUCUCAGGCGAUCGGGUCUGUGGGGGCCGUGUUGUUAGCCAUCCCCGUGGUACUGAUCGUACUCAGUGACAUUCUCAAUGUGUUCAAAACUAAGAAAAAGCGACCCCGGGUAAGCUAUUCUCUCGCAAAAACAAACAGUUCACCUUGCUAUAUACCACCGGCGGAGUACAAGGUGUCCGACGGGAAGGACGACUUCCUAACAGACAAAGAACUGCAUUACCCUGAGCCAUGCACAUCGUCCGCUAAGACAGACAAUAGAGGUCCGUCAUCCGCCCGGACUGACACCCAGAACAUCUCGUCUACCCGGUAUCACCUACGACAGCUACAGACUGAACCAAUCUAUAAACAUCCGCAUAAGACGUAGUUCUAGACAAAUAACUAUCUACAAACAUUUGCAUCAGGCGUAGUGACAAAUAACUAUCUACAAACAUCCGCAUCAGACGUAGUUCUAGACAAAUAACUGUCUACAAACAUCCCAAUCAGACGUAGUUCUAGACAAACAACUAUCUACAAACAUCCCAAUCAGACGUAGUUCUAGA